GAAACGCAGCGAAACGUGGAUUUCGAUGUCACUGCGCCCCUUUUGACAGCGGCGCCGACCAACUCGCCAACUUCAUCUUGAUUCAGUAAACCCCUGCCUUUUGUCUCUUGAUCUCGUUUCUCCUAGACGGUUUUACUUUUCUCUCUUCUACGCUGCUCGGACACCACCCGGGCACCCUUUUUGCCACGCAACCAACGUUCUCCCGUUUCCGAGAUUCCCGACCGGCGUUUACCGCCGUUAUCGACGUUUGACUUUUAAGCACAGCAACACGCCAUUUCCAUAACGCAUCCCUAAACGCAACCCCAUAACACAUCGGCGCAGUCCCCUUGAUCUCCAUUUCCGAUAAAAACUCUUGUUCCAAACGAGGAGUGACGGCGCUACAUACGGACUACACUACUCGCAGCCCUCCCAUUCCAAGACAACCGUGAUGAGCGCCUCGACAAGAGUUGCGCGCCGGGCGCUGGUUGUCAACCCUUUCCUGGGCACUGGCCGUGCUUUGCCUCGAUCCGCGCUCCUUGCUACCUCAAUCCAUCUCGCCCGCAAUGCACAGAACCUGGGCCCGGCCUCUGCCCUGCUAAUCCCAAUCCGAACCCUUACGACGUCCGGCACAACCACCCAUGGCCCGCCCGGAGGACCGCCGCCUGGCUUCAAUUCGGAUGAGGCUAAGAAACCCCUUCCGAGGGAACCCGGAAGCGCCACCAAGCCCGCAGUCAAGGCCGCCGAGAAGCCCAAGACGGAGGCCGGUGUGAAAGAGGGGGGCAAGGAAUCGAAGGGAGCGCAGGCCGGUUCAGAUGCCUCGCUCACACAGCUCGCCGCCCAGAAGGAGAGCGCUGUAGAGAAGGCAGAGGGCAAGAAAGAGGAGAAGAAGCUGACGAUCGGGCAAAAGAUCAAGAAGGAGGCCCAGCAUUACUGGGAUGGUACGAAGCUGCUGGCGGCCGAGGUCAAAAUCAGCUCGAGUCUCGCGCUCAAGAUGGCCGCCGGGUACGAGCUGACCCGGAGAGAGAACCGCCAGCUCCAGCGCACCGUCCAGGAUCUCGGACGGCUAGUCCCCUUCUCCGUCUUCGUCAUCGUCCCGUUUGCCGAACUCCUCCUCCCGGUCGCCCUCAAGCUCUUCCCCAACAUGCUGCCCAGCACCUACGAAGGCCAGAAGUCUAGGGACAAGAAGGCGUCGACACUGCGGGCCACGCGCCAGGAGGUUAGCGAUUUCCUUCGACAAACCCUGAAGGAGACAGGGCUCCCCCUGACGCAGGCGACGGCGCAAAAGGAGGAGUUUACCAACUUCUUCCGGAAGCUCCGUGCCACAGGAGAGACACCGACAGCCGAGGACGUCAUCAAGGUGUGCAAGGUCUUCAAGGAUGAUCUCACCCUCGACAACCUGUCGCGGCCACAGCUGGUGUCCAUGUGCCGGUACCUGAACCUCAACACCUUCGGCACCGACAUGAUGCUCCGGUACCAGAUCCGCCACCGCAUGCGCCAGAUCAAGCGGGAUGACCGUGCUAUCAGCUACGAGGGCGUCGACAGCCUUUCCGUUGCUGAGCUCCAGGUGGCCUGCGCCAGCCGCGGCAUCAAGAGCCACGGCGUGUCCCCCGCUAGCCUCCGCGAGGAUCUGCAGACUUGGCUCGACCUGAGGCUCCGCGAGGGUGUGCCCUCGACCCUGCUGGUUCUCAGCAGCGCCUACAUGUACGGGCAGACCUCGUCCCAGGAGGGCGUGUCGAGCCAGAUCCAGGCGUUGACCGGUGUGCUGUCGUCGAUCCCCGAGGAGCUCUUCCACGAGAUCGAGCUCGAGGUGCACAACGCCGAGGGUGCCGCCACCAACAAGCAGCGUCUCGAGGUGAUCAAGGAGCAGCAGGAGCUCAUCGAUGAAGAGCUCGAGCAGGACCAGGAGAACCAGGCGACCGGAUUCGCCUCGCCCCGGGAUACCGAGGACAUUGACGACAAGGAAGAACGCCAGGCACACGCUGCAGCCGACGCCACCAUUGAGAAGGCACAGGUCGGCGAGGCGGUGGAUGCCGAGAAGGAUAUGCUCAAUGCUGCGAGGUUAGAGCAGGAGCAGGAGAAGCGUGAGGCGGCGCAACCCAAGUCCAGCGACAAGUGAGCGCUUAGAACGGGGUUCGCGGUGUAACAUUGGUAUUCCCACACGAGGAUGCUUACAGUCCUUUUUUUCUCCUUUGUAUGUCAUGACUGAGUAAUUCACAUGGCACUGGCGAGGAUUCUGUAUGUAUAGACACAGCGGCCAAGCUGCGAAAUCAGGCUGGAGUUGGGGUCUGGGUUUCGGUGGAAUUCUUUCUUUUGUCUUGAACGGUCCGGGAUAUAGACCUCAUCUCAUCUAGACACCGUGGAUAGCAUCAACUCUAUCGUUUGAUUUCU